GUGUGUGUGUGUGUGUGCAUUUUUUGUGGUUAUUGCUUAACUUUUUGUUGAUUUUUCUUGGUCUUGCGCAGGCGCGCAUUUAUCAUAUUAUGUCGAUAUUUUGUUCAUUGUGUAUUACAACAACAAGCAAUGAUAAAAAAGCUUUUACUAUUGUUAUUUUUUUUUUUUUCAUUUUUUCUUUUUUAUUAUAAAUGUGAGUAUUUGCGCACUUGUGUAUGUGCUGAAGUCUUUCGUUUUUUGGUUUGUAAUUAUUAUUAUAAUGAAUUCACUUAAACGUAUUGUAAUCAUUUUUUUUUUUUUUCUGAUUUUGUUAUUUGUUUUUGUCUUUCAAGCAAUUGCUAUCAGGUUCGUGGCAUGUUUUAAGUAAAUAAAUAAAAGAGACAAUUGAAAAACAAAAAUUUUUAAACUAAUUUAAAAGGUUAAUGAAUAAUCAAAUUAUGUCUGAUACGAAAGUCACACGGAAUUAACAAUGAAAGUCAUAGACUUUACAAAGUAAAUCAUAUUCAGAAAAAUGAAUUAAAAAUUUAAAUAUUAACCUCAACAGACAGAAACUUGGCUUUAUUUACAAGUUCAAGUGUAUUGACUUAUGGUUACGAUUGUAAAUAUAAUGAAUAUGACAAUCCCAAUAUGACAAUGUAAUAAUGUGUGCAAGUGUGUGUGUGUGUGUGUGUGUGUGUAUGUGAGUGUGUGUAUGUGAAAAUGACAUAACAUAACAUUGCGAGCAUAUAUUCAUGCGAGUAUUACUUAAACCAAAGCUUUAUUACAGCGAAAUAAGAAAGAAAACUAUAUUCUUGGCUUAUGGUGAUGAACUUUAUGUACUCGUUACUUAAGUGAAUAAAUAAAAAAUUUCAUAGCACUUUAUUACACGUGAUCGUGCCAAGUCAACUAAUAUCUAUUUGAUGGAACAUUUCUCCAUUCAAGUCGUAUUACAUAUAUAUAUAUAUAUAUACAUAUAUAUAUAAUUCAUAUCGAUCUUUGCUAUUCGAUCUAGUAGGAAGAUGAACAUGUACACAUGAAGGCAGAAAAUAAAAUAAGAGCAGCAACAACAUAACUAAUACACAGGCAUUAGCAUCGCUAUCAUCAUCGUGAAUGUUAGUUAGGAUCAGCGUCAUCAAUGGCAUCAUCAAUAUUUUUGUGAAGCAGAAAAAAACAACAACAAUUUGUUUCGGAUAAGUGGAAAAAAUUAGGUAAAAACGAAAUCAUCAUCAUUGUUGUCAAAUGUGAGCAGAGGACAAAGCCACAUGUGCACUUUAACAAUAACAACAGCAACAGUAAUAACAAAACAAAUACGAGUCCGGAUGCAAGCGGAAUUGGAUAGAUUGGAGUAAUCGAAAACGUCAAUAUUAUCAUUGACCAUUGAAUUGAGCAGGGAAAGAAAAUAAGUAGAUGACAAAAGAUACAAUAUAUACAUAUAUGCACAUACACUCAUAUCGUAGACAAGAAGACAAGAAGAAAGAAGAAAAAAUAAGACAAUAAUGACUGGCAACAGUAAUAACAUGACCGACACCCCAAACAAUAUGAAUGGCAACAGCACGGCUCCGUCAAAUAGUAGCAACGGCAUUAGCUUGCAGUCGCAUGGAAAAAAGCAAACCAUCUGGUAUCGAGAUAUAGAUACCGCCCAAGUUGAGGAGCAAAAAUGGCAACGACCACCACCUUUCCUAGGCAACGUAAAUAGUAAUGAUAACAAUAACAAAAGAGCUAACAUCAACAAUAACAACAACAACAACAAUAAUAACAGCAGCAGCAGCAGCAGCAGUAACAACAAAAACAAUAAACACAAGAACAACGAGAAAUCAAAUGAUAUUCUGAGAGAUGAUGUUACACAAAACACCAGCAGAGAUGUUCAAUGCAAUCGUUGGACUGGUGGGGAGUACGAAAAAAACAAUAACAAUAAUAGCAGAAACAAUAAUAACAAUAACAACAACAUCAAUAACAUUGACAACUGCAGUAUCGGUGACAACGGCGACAAUGAUGUUAUUGGUGGCGAUGGUCGCAACGUUAUUGUAGUUCAAGUGGCCGAACAUCUAAGACAAGCAACUAUGGAUAACGAUAUUGAUGAUGAUGAUGAUAAUGAUAAUGAUAAUGAUAAUGAUAAUGAUAAUGACGAUGAUGAUGAAGCCGGCGAUAAUGAUGGUGAUUCAUUGGCAUCAAUGGAAACAUUAUCGGAUAAUGUCUCAAUUUGGAUUGACGGUGAGAAGCAUUGGAUAUCGGGUGUUGAUGGCAAGACAACGUGUGCGGAUCUUAUCUGCGCUCUACUCAAUUAUCAAAGUGGUCAACAGCAGAUGUUUAGAGACACCGAUGAAAACGAUGAUGAAGAUGUCAAUGUUUGUAAUGAUAGUAGCGAACAAGUGCAUGCAGAAGAACAAGCGCAAUUACGAAUUAUGGAGGCAUUUAAGGCAAGCCACUACCAACGUGUCAGCUAUAUUACAACAAAUAAUAAACCGCAAUAUUCAAAACAGAUGCAAACAGUAAAAUGUAUCGCAAAGGAUGUUAUCGUCAGUAACGCCAAUACCGCAACUAAUAACAAUUAUUGCGGCAAUAAACCAAAUAAGUUUUCAUUCAAUGAUGAUAAUAAUGAUGAGAACGAUAAUCCCAAUAAUGUCAUCAAUCAAUCAAUGUCAAUAAAUACCAAAGAAGAUUGUAAAGUAACCUCAAGUACUGACGCUGCUACUGCUGAAAUCUCAGCAACUAAGACUGCCACUGCCACCAUCGCUAACACUAACACUAAUAUCAACGUCAACAUCAACACCAACACCGCAAAUACGGACUUUGCUAUGGGUUACAUUUUGCCGCGAGGCAUAACUGCUAUUCAACUUGCCACCGAGUAUGUUAUCGUUAAACAGCAUCGCCACUGCGAAGAAUAUCUUGACGGAAGUACAAAAGUUUUUGAUGUUCUGCCACCACGUGAUGCACCGCAUAAAAAAGAGUGUGAAUUACUGUUGCGUCGCUUGGGACCGGCACCGGCGCAUAUUAACACCACGCCACAAUUUUCGUCUUUAAUCUCAACGGAUAAGGACAGUGGCAUGGGUAGUCCAGUGGGUAGUGCACGUAGUGCAAAAUUUCGUCGUCGCAAGCAUAAAUCAUCACAGUGGCUGGCACACGGUAAUACAUUACAUCCAAAUUUGUCGCGAUGUUCGGCCAACGAGCGUCUGAUGAAAAUCAUUUUGGCACAGGACGAAACUAUACAGAGGCAAUUAUCCUUAUUGCGUGAGAAGGAACGUCAAAUUGCUAAGAUUGAAGAGGAGAAACACCGCAAACGUGAACGUGAAUUGGGUAAAAACUAUUUGCUUGAAACAUAUUUAAAUGGCUUAAACGAAGCUGAAUGCGAACCCGAAAUAGCCGAUGGGGAGGAGAUCUUUAUAGAUGAACCGUAUCAACGUUAUGCAGCAAACAGCACAAAGGCACACCCCGAAGCAUUAAAAGUUACUGGUACCAGCACAGUCCUUGGCGGUGGGGGUGGUGUUGGUGCUGGUGGUGGUACGGAACGUAUAAAGGAAACUAAAAAGGAAAAGAAGAAGAAACGCCAUAAGGACAAAAUGGACGAUCAAAAGCGUCAUAAAGACGAUAACAACAAAAAAUUUGCCAACACAGCCAAAGAGUUUUUCUCCUUACCAAUAGGCACAAUAGGAAUGGCAACAGCGACGGCAAUGCAAAAGGACAAAGGACCAGAAACAGAAACAUUUACAAAACAUGUGGAUGCUGUAAAUAUGGGAUAUGCGGGUAAUGAAAGCGCGGACGAGGAGACCGAAAUGCAAAUAUUUUGGUUGGAAAAAAUUUACACAUUGAAUAAGCAAUUGCAGAAAGAAGAAGAGCUAUCCGCUAAAUUACACGCAAAAAUACGCAAAUAUCAACUGAAGCGGGCGUAUCAAACGCAAAAAGAGGUUCAAUUAGAAAUCGAAAAAUUGGACAACAACUUGGCGUUGCAAUGUAGCGAUAUACGAAAAGUGGAGGCAAAUUUAAUGGAAACUAAUGAAGUGUUGCAAAAAAAAUUGUCUUUAUUGGAAAGAUUAAGUCAAGAAUAUUUACGUUGCCAACAGCAAAAACAUGAGAAAGAGAAUAAUGCACAGCAGACGAACGAAGAAUUGAAGGUGGACGAAAUUGAAAAGUUAAGUGAGCUGCCGCGAAUUGCUUUCAACAAUUUGAAAGCGAAUCGUACAGAAGUAGAAAAGCUGCAGAAGUUGUUAGUGAAGCCAAGCUUGGAAUUACAGGCAGUUGUCGAUAAGCCAGAUUCGCGGGAACCAUUUAAAUUACAAUUAAGCACAGAUAUUAAUAUCAAUGCCGCCGAAGUAAAAGCUAACGAGAUCCAGCAAUUGAAUGUAAGAAACACAAGUGGACAACCUCAGCAGCAGCCACAAUCUCAGCCAAAGCCACAAAUUCAACCAUUAUCAACCCCACCUUUAAGACAGCCUCAAAAACAACAACAACAACAACAACAAGAACAAGAACAUAAACGGCAAAUGCAGUUACACAAUUAUCCUAUUACGCAGAUUAAUCAGAACAACAAUGUAACCGCAAGCAGGAAUAACGACAGUAACAUUAGCGAUACAAGUAAGACCACUAACAACAGUAAUGGCAGCAACAUUAAUGCAAUAAAUGAAAUAUCAUCAUCCUUAACCACAACAACUACUCAUAUACCAUAUACACAGGCGUUAGAUCCUGAAUUUACAACAACAACAACAACAACAAUAGCGGGGGCUACAUCAGCGACCACACAUGCAGCAUUUGUUGAUAAGAAUAUGUUAUCGUCAUUGCAUGUACAAAACGCUAAAACCAUUAAGAAACAAAUGUUCAACUCGCAGACGACAACAGCCGCCUACCUACAGCAGCAGAAGCAACAGCAGCAGCAGCAGCAACAACAACAACAACAAGAGCAAGGAAAGACUUUGACAUCUCCCGCUACUGCACUAAACACAACCACGCGAGCCCUAGUUUCGCAAUUCGUACCCGCCUUAGUUAAACAGCCUGCGAAUACUUCAUGUAUGAUAGCAAUGAAUACAAUUGACAUAAGUCAAUUAGGUACGCUAGUAUAGCAAUAUCUAUGCACCUACACUUAUACAUACGCAACCAUAAGUUUGUUUGCAUUUACAUUAAAAUCUAAAACCUAAGAUAUAUAAGAGUAACGACGAUAUUUUACAAAAACACAAAAAAAAAAAGAAAAAAAAAACAAAAAACAAAACCACAAAUACACAAAAAAAAGGAUGUUUUGCUUUAAGCACUGCCAGUAAUUAACUGAUGACAAAAUCCAGUUUGAAUUCAUAACAAAAGGAUUUUUUCUCCCAAUUAUCUGAUGGUCCGUUUUUUUUUUUUUUUUUUUUGCGAUUCAAUUCCACUUUUACAGCCGGCACCAUUAGUGAUGCAAGGUAUAUUAGUUUGU